AUGAUUUCUGCGUAUUUUGUUAGUGAUAGUGAUAGUAGUGAUGGCGAGCAGAUUGCAAAGAUUGGCUCAAAUCGUCGUAUGUUGCGUUGUAUGUUCGACCCCUUGGAACUAUCUAACGAAGCGUUUUCUCACAAUUUCCGGGUUUCAAAAGAGAUUUUUGUGGAAAUUUUAGAAGAAAUAACACCAAAGUUUCAACCGAUAAGAAGCAGCAAUGGAUUAACUGCGAAAGAAAUGUUGGCUGCAACGUUACGGUUUCUGGCUGAAGGAACCUAUCAGCAUGGUGUAGGAACAGAUUUUAGCGUUGCAAUAGCACAGCCGACAUUUUCCAAAGUUUUUGCUAAGAACCUGAUCAUCUUGGAGGAAUCAUUGUGCGAAAAAUGGAUCACUAUGGAAAUGACACCAGAAGAGCAACAAGAGGCACGACGACACUUCUAUUCCAAAUCCGGCAUUCCCGGGAUUGUAAUGUGUGUAGAUGGAACGCACGUAAAAAUCAUUGCACCAGUUCACGAUAGAGAUCAGCAUUAUAAUAGAAAGGGGUUUUACAGCUUAAAUGUGCUUUUGGUUUGCGAUCACAAAAUGGCAAUACGCUAUGUAGAUGCCAGGUACAGCGGAGCCAAUCAUGACGCUCACAUUUGGAAUGUGAGUGGAAUUGACGAUUAUUUCUCCGAAAAGCAUCAUAGGGGUGAAACUAGCUUCAAAGUGCUAGGCGAUUCGGCAUACCCUUCGAAGCCAUGGCUGGUCACACCAAAAAGAAAUGCUGUCCCAAAUACGCCGGAAGCUUUAUUUAAUACAAAUCAUGCGAAAGGCAGACAAAUAAUUGAACGCACCAUUGGAGUGCUAAAGAACAGAUUUCGAUGCUUAUUAGGUGCAAGACAGCUCCAUUAUAAACCAGAAAAAGCUGCACAGAUCACUAUUAUUUGUUGUGCUUUACACAACAGGUGUAUAGCAAGGAAUACGGAAGCAUUAGUUGACAGCGAUGGUUCUAAUGCAUAA